ACAGUGUCAGCAAUAAAACAAGGCACAGAGAAACUGCAAAAGUCAAUAAGGGCAACCUAUGCCUUUUGGCCCCCAUUCUCAUUCCGUUGCUAACAAAACUGCGCAAAGACUUUCUCAACAAAACCAAUACUAGACGGUUAUCUAAGUCUACUCUUCCAACCAUCCAUCCCCUAUUCCAUCUUCCUAUUCCUAUAUUACCAAUCAAUAAAAUUUCACUUCUUAUACGUUCUUCUCCUUCUUCCCUGUAAUUUCUGUCUCUCUCUCUCCUUCCUUUAACAAUUAACUAGAGACGACCCAAUUGCCUUCCAGAUCUUUUUCCAGGGAAAAGUUUUGAUUUUUGGAUCGUUUUGUGGUAAGAGUUAGAUGUUGACUGAUAGACGGAAAGGUUGAGGUGGGGCUGGAUUAUAUGGACAGUCUUUGUUGCUUCAGCUCUGUCAGCCAGUAAAGGUUGCACAGAAACUCAUGAACCCUUGGUCAUAGAAGCACUAAUUCCAAGUGGUUGGAGGACGAUCUUCAUCUAACUCUGGCAAGGGCAAGAGCAGUCAGUCCUCAGUCAAAUAUGGCUAUAGCCUAGUCAAAGGGAAAGCAAACCAUCCCAUGGAGGACUACCAUGUAGCAAAAUUUGUCCAGUUCAAUGGGCGAGAGCUUGGCCUUUUUGCUAUAUAUGAUGGGCAUCUGGGAGACAGUGUACCGGCCUAUUUACAAAAGCACCUGUUUCCUAAUAUCUUGAAGGAAGAGGACUUCUGGAAUGAUCCGUUCAUGUCCAUUUCUAAUGCCUAUGUAACAACAGAUCAGGAAAUUCUUUCUCAUAGUCCUGAUCUGGGACGAGGAGGAUCAACUGCAGUGACUGCAAUCCUCAUAAAUAAUCAGAAAUUAUGGGUAGCCAAUGUAGGAGAUUCUCGAGCUGUUGUGUCAAGGGGAGGGGAGGCUGCACAGAUGACAACUGAUCAUGAGCCCAAUACUGAGAGGGGCAGCAUUGAGACAAGAGGUGGCUUUGUCUCAAACAUGCCAGGUGAUGUUGCAAGAGUGAAUGGGCAGCUAGCAGUUUCUCGAGCCUUUGGAGACAAAAACCUCAAAACACACUUGCGAUCUGAUCCUGACAUUCAGUACGCUGAUAUCACCCCAGAUGUUGAACUUUUGAUACUUGCUAGUGAUGGUCUAUGGAAGGUAAUGGGAAAUCAAGAAGCUGUUGAUAUUGCAAGAAGAAUAAAGGAUCCACAAAAAGCAGCCAAACAACUAGCCACUGAGGCAUUGAACAGAGAGAGUAAGGAUGAUAUUUCCUGCAUUGUAGUUCGUUUCAAGGGUUGAAAAUUGGAACAUACACACUCUCUAAAAUCAGGGUAUAUAUUUUUAUAUAUAUAUUAUUCUACAAAUCAAGAUGCAAUUCCAUACCCAUGAAAAUCCAUCAUUAAUUUGGAAUAUCCUGCAAAAUAGGUUUUGCCCCUUCCCUUCAUAUGUAAAAAUAUAAAAUUUAAAUUCUCGAAUUUAGGUCGUGGCGUUUAGUAUUUCUUGAUUUCUUCGUGGUGUAGAUUCACACAAUAAUUUUCUUUCAAUAUGCAUUAUUAUUAUUAUUA